CUGUUGUAGGGCAGUAAAAACAUUAAAGUCGACGUUGUUUUCGACUGUGGUUGCUGUAUACACAAAAUAACUUUUCUGACAUUCGGCACAUUGAGUUUAAAGAGGUAAUCAGGUCAGGGGGACAUAACUGAUACUCACACUGGAUGUCAAUAGCACUGAAACAGGUUUAGUACACGAGAACCGAAUAUGGUAGCUUAUAAAUAACUAGUUCGUUGGUGAGAUAAGAAAAAACAGAAACUUAAAGUCCAGCCAUGUCCGUCAACAUCCCGUGUCUGGUUGCUGUCAUCAUCCUCUACAUCCUCAUCCUCAUCAUCGGCAUCAUCGCUGCCAGGAAGACAAACAAAGCCAAGGACACGGAGGAAGUGAUGAUAGCCAAUCGUAGCAUGGGGCUCUGGUUGUCGUUCUUCACCAUGACAGCAACUAACGUAUGUGGAGGCUACAUCAAUGGAACAGCCGAAUACACAGCCUUUUAUGGGCUAUUACAGACUCAGGCCCCAGUGGGUUAUUGUCUUGGCUUUGUUUUAAGUGGGGUGAUUCUAGCACCGAAAAUGAGGCGACAGAAAUACGUCACAAUGUUUGACCCGUUCCAGUUGAAAUACGGCAGGAAGAUGGGGGCGCUGUUGAUCAUACCUCACAUGUUUGGGGAUCUGUUUUGGUCGGCGGCUGUCUUGGCGGCUUUAGGUGGUACAAUAUCGAUUAUUGUGGAUAUCGAUCCCACAAUCUCAAUCAUCGUGUCCUCGUUGAUCGCUAUAGUCUACACGUUCCUUGGUGGUCUGUACGCUGUGGCCUACACUGACGUCAUACAGAUGGUGCUCAUCGUCAUAGGUCUGGUGGUCGCCUGCCCCUUCGCCAUGACGAGUGAGUUUGUUCACCUGGAGAAUAUAACGUCUACCUGGCUGGGGGAGGUGGGGGCGGGGACAGAGAUGGCCUAUAUGGAUACGUUUUUAUUGCUGAUCUUUGGUGGGACCACAUGGCAGGCCUUCUACCAGAGAGUUCUAGCAUGUAAAGACACCAAAGUUGCCACCUACUCGGCUCUCGGUGCCUCGGUGCUCAGUCUAUUAAUGGCAGUUCCACCUGCAAUGAUGGGAUAUGCAGGGGCUGCGGCAGACUGGAACCUAACUUCAUACGACGGACCGAUACCAAUACCAGACGACAGGAAAAGUUACAUCCUGCCCAUGGCAUUGAACUACUUGGUGCCACUUCCGGUUUCAAUUAUCGGAAUGAGCGCCAUCUGUGCGGCCGUGAUGUCAUCGGCCGACUCGUGUUUCCUGUCUGCGGCGACGGUGUUCACUAAAAACAUUUACCAGGAAAUUAUCCGAACAAAGGCGACAGAUAAAGAACUGCUGUGGGUACUUCGUGUUUGUGUCGUCAUCUUUGGAGUGUUGGGGACGUUGAUUGCCAUUUUCUCUACCACGAUCUACGGGCUGUUUGUGCUAUGCAGUGACCUGAUGUACGUGGUGCUAUUCCCACAACUAAUGUGUGUCCUGUGGGUGCCGUGGGCCAACACCUAUGGCAGCUUUGCCGGGUUUCUCGUCUCAUUCCUACUGCGGAUCUUGUCUGGUGACGCUGUGCUACAAAUUCCAGCGGCGAUUAAGUUCCCUUUGUAUGACUACAGCACUGAAUCGCAGUUAUUUCCCUUUAGAACCUUCUCCAUGCUGUUUGGAACAUUCUGCCUGCUGGCCGUGUCCGGUCUGACCCACCUGAUGUUCACCAGAGGUCUACUGGACCUGAAGUAUGACGUCUUCAACUGCCACAAGAAACGAUCACACAAAAGACACGAUAUGAUUGACAUGGAGAAGCCUGAAUUGUUUAAACAAGAGCUGCUGGGUUCUGUUCCCACUUGAGGCCCCGUAAGGGUUUAUAAUUAACUGCUCAGUUCUUCUCCAACUUGAGGCUCUGUUAGGGUUGAACAUUAGCUGCUCAGUUCUUCUCCAACUUGAGGCUCUGUUAGGGUUGAACAUUAGCUACUCAGUUAUGUCACAACUUGAGGCUCUGUUAGGGUUGAACAUUAGCUGCUCAUUUCUAUUCUAACUUGAGUCUCUGUUAGGGUUUAUUUUGUUCAAGGUUGAGGCUCUAUUUAGGUUAAACAUUUCGAAUAUGAGGAUAUUUUAGUAUGAAAUUGGAAUUUAUUGGUUAAGUUUAAAUUUGAGAUUCUGUGAGAUAGAAACGAUUGCUGUUUAGUUGUUUUUUUUUAAAGUUGAGGUUCUGAUAAGGUUAAACAAGAGCGGCGUUAUUUUGUUCUGUCUUGGGUUUUUGUUAAUGAUCUUUAGUAAAUCCGUGUGCAUUAUAUCAUGUUUAUAAUUAACAAUAAUUAUUUAUUUUACUGUAAUUUUAAACAUAAAACAUAAAAUCGUUUUUGUAGUAUUUUGUAUUGUUACGAAAUAACUGUGUUCUAAACUAAUUGUUGUUUUUGUUUUUCAAAAUAUGUUGAAAAAUACGAAUACAUGUGCACUGGUGAAAUAAUAUUUAUUUGAAUUAUGUGAAUAAUUUGAAUACAGUUUCAUUUAAACGAUUGUUUAGCCAGCUUUCUUGGUGUUUAAUAUUAUUUUAACUUUCAUUUUUUGCUUUUGUUUUAAAGCAUAAUUCAUCUGUAAUUUAUUUUAGUAGUAAUUACAGACCUAUAUUGACAAAGACA